AUGAGGAAGUGUCCGGGUGAAGAUAUGAAAGACAUUUAUUUUGAAACAGAAGGCAAGGACGUCGUGGGUAUUUACUCAUUAAACAACCCUCUUCUCGUUGUGAGGGAUCCAGAGCUGAUCAAAACGAUCAUAGUGAAGGAUUUCAACUACUUUCCCGACCAGGGCAUUUAUGUAGACGAGGAGACAGAUCACCUUACGGCGCACCUCUUCUUCCUCGGAGGAACCAAGUGGAAGGGUCUGUGCCAGAAGCUGACGCCCACGUUCACGUCGGGAAAAAUGCGCGCCAUGUUCGGCAUAGUGCGCGACUGUGCGCAGAUUUUGGCUGACGUCACACCUGCGGGAAGUGUUGUGCAAGUCCGCGAGCUGAUUGCCCGCUACUCCACUGACGUCAUCGCUUCCUGCGCCUUCGGCAUCGACGUUGACAGCCAGCACAACCCAGAGGCAGAGUUCCAGACAAGUAAGACGCUGACGACCAAGGAGGUGGCAGCACAGGCGUGGGUGUUCUUCCUCGCAGGGUUCGAAACAUCCUCCACCACCGUAAGCUUCUGUCUGUAUGAGCUCGCUAGACAUCCAGAUAUCCAGAAGAAGGUGCAAGGAGAAAUUGACGUUGUACUGAAAAAGAACAACCGUGAUGUGACGUACGACAUUAUAAUGACCCAGAUGCCGUACUUGGAAAAGGUGGUGAAUGAGAUGAGCUAA